AUGGACAGUGCCGAUACGGAAGUGGCAACACAACUCGACAUAUUAACAUGCGGAAGCUGUCAGAAACCAUUUCCUCUCGGAGACAUAGUCAAAUUCAUACAGCAUAAAAUAUUAAUAUGCAACAAAGAAAAUUAUUCUUUGAGUUACGUCACAUCUGGUGAAGCAUGCGAUGAUAACAGCGACGACGGUGGUCCAUCCGCACCUGGACAACCACUCGGAGUCGUCAAUUCUCGGAGACCGAGCAUUUCGGCACCGAUAAAUUCGAAAAAAUCAUCAUCUACCCCAAACACUGUACGACUCGUUUGUUCACCCCCGUCUACGAGUCCUAAAAUAGCAGAAGAUGAAGCGACGACAUCGACACCGAAAAGAAGAGCCGGAUCAUCGAGUCCUCUCGAUCCGAAAGAUGACGUUGAUAAUCAUUUAUCCGAAGAUGAAUUAAAACCGAGAAUAAAACAAGAAUUAGAUUCGGGAAGUAGUCCGGAUGAUGUGAAAAAAAUAAGGGGUGUAGAUGCUGAAAGUAAUACAACUCAUUCCGGAAAAUACAUAAAAACAAAAUUAAAUAUGAUAUACUUUUAUGGACAUCUGGCAAAUUAG